CACAGAAAGCUCCAGCACUGCUGUCAUACUCCACUCUCCAGCACUGCGUGCGCGGAUGACCCUCUCCACAGCAGCACACAGAAGAAGCGCCUCGCAUCAAGCGCAUUAUGCGUCUCCUCAGCUCUCCUCCUAACAUCUCCAGGCAGUAGAUCGCUCCUCGACUCCAGCAGACGCGACCAUGGCUGAAGGGGACAGCGCGAACUUCAGCGUGCUGAGCUGGGAGCAGGUCCAGCGGCUGGACCUCAUCCUGACCGAGAGCAUCCCGAUCCACGGCCGAGGAAACUUCCCGACGCUGCAGAUGAAGCCCCGGCGGAUCGUGACGGCGGUGCGGAGCCGCAUGCGGGAGCAGCGCAUCCAUGUGCGGGACGUGCGUCUCAACGGGUCCGCCGCCAGUCACGUCCUGCACGGGGACAGCGGGCUCGGCUAUAAGGACCUGGACCUCAUAUUCCGCGUGGACCUGAAGGGAGAGACGGAGUUCCAGAUCGUCAAGAACAUCGUGCUGGACUGUCUGCUGGACUUCUUACCUGAUGGGGUCAAUAAAGAGAAAAUCACCCCACUGACCCUGAAGGAAGCAUAUGUGCAGAAGAUGGUGAAAGUGUGCAAUGAUUCUGACCGCUGGAGUCUCAUCUCUCUCUCCAACAACCGGGGCAAAAACGUGGAGCUCAAGUUCGUGGACUCCUUGCGCCGGCAGUUCGAGUUUAGCGUCGAUUCUUUCCAGAUUAAGCUUGACUCUCUGCUGCUUUUCUACGAGUGCUCAGAGAACCCCAUGGCCAAAACGUUUCACCCCACCAUCAUCGGCGAGAGCGUGUACGGAGACUUCGCCACGGCGCUGGACCACUUGCGCAACAAGGUGAUCUGCACGAGGAACCCAGAGGAGAUCAGAGGAGGCGGCCUCCUGAAAUACUGCCAUCUUCUGGUCAGGGGUUUCCGAGCCGCCUCCGAGUCGGAGAUGAAGUCUCUCCAGCGCUACAUGUGCUCCCGCUUCUUCAUCGACUUCUCGGACAUCAGCGAACAGCAGCGCAAGCUGGAGUCUUAUCUCCAGAACCACUUUGUGGGCUUGGAGGACCGCAAGUACGAUUAUCUGACGACGCUGCACGGGGUGGUGAACGAGAGCACGGUGUGUCUGAUGGGACACGAGCGGAGGCAGGCCCUUGGGCUGAUCGCCAUGCUAGCGGUGCGCGUGUUGGCCGAGCAGAACGUCAUACCCAACGUGGCCAACGUCACUUGCUAUUACCAGCCUGCUCCUUAUGUAGCAGAUGGUAACUUUAGCAAUUAUUACAUUGCCCAAGUCCAGCCAGUCUUUACCUGCCAUCAGCAAACCUACUCCACAUGGCUACCGUGCAACUGAACACCAAAAAAGAUGAGCUGAAUCAUUGCAUUGUUGAAUUUGUUUCGCAACUGACCCUGUGUGUGAUCGUCCACUUCCCCAAUGUGCAUCGAUGCUUGAGUGAAAUGAAUGGGGUUUGACCGUUAUCUCAAAUGAGUUUGGAAGGCAACUUCUGCUCUGCCUUGCCUAAUUCUCGGCCGAUCUUGAGGUUUUACACUUGCUAACAGUUCUCUUGUGUGUUUCUGACUGGUUGACACAUUGAAUCCCAGUCGUUAGAUGCAUGAGAAGAGAUCUGCAAGGUUUUGGAAAGCUGCGGUUGCACCCUUUAGUCCAAAUGGAAACUGAUGUAUUGAUAAGAACCUUUAACAAAGAUUCUCUGAAUGAGGCGAAGAAGUUAAAAACCAACAAUUACAAUUUUGUACAAACCAAAGAUUUUAAGACUGUAUUUUUAUACUACCCAGACUAUCAGCUGAUGUGAUAGUGCUGUCUAUAUUUGUACAUGUGAAUGCAUUCGAAGUGCCUAACGUCAAUGCAGUACGCCGAGGUGAGCAAAGCAACCUCAAAAUCACGACACACGACAAAGAGACUUAAAGCUCGUGAAUGUACAUGAUGUGUCCUGAUUUACAUAACAAGGAUAAGUGUCCUAUUUGUUUGCAGGUCAGUCUCUGUCUAUUAAUUGAACUCUUAAUCAUUUCCACAGCUUUUGAGAACCAUCUUUUAGUUCAGUCCACAUUUGAGCCGGCUUUACAGCAAACCUUGUGAUCCAGGUGAGAGUUGAAUGCGGUCUGAAAACAAAGAAAACACUUGUUUUGGGGACGAGAGCAAAGUUUGUUUCCGGACUUUUUAGAUGUAGGGUGUUUGCAGAAGCACUUCUGAUAGCGGGACGCUGUUUGCUGUAACAUCCGAGCAGGGAAUUCAACAGCUCCUGCUGAAGUAAACCCCGCUGUGUUCCUGCUCUCCCGGCACAGCUGAACCUGACCCCGCGUUCACCCGCUGUUAACAGAGUGUUAACCUGUUCUUGAUUAAUAGCGCUGCGGAAGGAAGCAGGCGGGGCUGUGGCAUAUAUGUUUAGACUUGACAGAGAGACUUGAGAGGGAAGAGGAAAGCGAGAGUGUGAGGGAAAGCGAGACGCAGACGAGAGCGAGGGAGCGAGGGAGGGAGGGAGGGCUGGAGAGAUGGGUGCAGCUGGUGAAGGGGUUUAUCUCCUUCCACAAAUGUCUUUUAAUCAACACAGCUUCUUUCAUUACUAUGGGCAAUUUUGCUGAACAGAUUUAAUAGGACUGAGAAGCACAGAUCAGUGUCGCUUCACUGGAAUGCAAACUUUUCAGUCAAGUUUCCAAUAUUUCUCAUAUCACAGCAUGCAUCUGAAGUGUGCUCAACUGUAGACAAUUCGGCUUUAUAAAGAUGAAAUCGGCAAAAAAUAAGGAAUGGAACACGGAAUUCUGAAUGAGAUUUUCAAGGGUCAUAUAUUUUCUUUUUUAUUGAGAUCAACUCAUAGUAUUUUAGCUUCUGUUUUUCAACCACUUCCUGAUCUUUAGAGGCGAGAGACUUCACUUCAUGUCAAACCCUGCGCUCUGUGCAGCUCAUGCACACGAUUAGAGUUUGCUGUCAGGUCCAGUGUUCAUUUAACUGCGUACUCUUUGUGUUUCCGAUCACACAGUGGACAUCACUGAUGUGUGAAUAAUGUAUUCAUCUGUCUGUUAUGAGAAAUUUGUGGAUGUUUAGUCUGAAUAAAUAUUCUUUUUGAACUGGGAA